AUGGCGUCAGAGUUGGGCCAAAAAGUGAAGCGUGCAGGACCUCCAGAACCCAGCUGUGUGUCUGAGAAGAGGUACCAGUCCAUGGAGAACCCUCCUGAAUUCAGCAGUGGAGGAGGAGAACCCAGCUGUGUGUCUGAGAAGAGGUUCCGGUCCAUGAAGAACCCUCCUGUAUUCAGCGGUGGAGGUGGAGAACCCAGCUGUGUGUCUAUGAAAAGUGACUGGUCCAUGAAGAACCCUCCUGUAUUCAGCGGAGGAGGUGGAGAACCCAGCUGUGUGUCUAUGAAGAGUGACUGGCAGCACUCCACACAAACAGCACUGCAGAUAAACACUCUGGCAGAUAUUCACCAGCCAGUGGAUGAUGUUCUACACAGAGUCUUAGAGAGACACAAAACCAGCAUGAAGAACAAGUACGAGAGCCUAUUUGAGGGAAUCAGAACAGAACAGAAUAAAACCCUCCUGAACAGGAUUUACACACAGCUCUACAUCAUAGAGGGAGAGAGUGAAGGAGUGAAUGAAGAACAUGAGGUUCUACAGAUGGAGAAAACAUCCAGGAGACGCUUACAAGACUCUCCAAUCAACUGCUCAGACAUCUUUAAACAAGGUCCUGAAGGAGAAACACGAGAAGAGAUCAUUAGAGCUGUGGAGGCUGACAGACUCAGACACAGAGAAAGAGAAGAUAACAGACCAGAAGAGCCAGAGCUCAGAGCUGCUCUGACUAAAGGAAAAGCCAAUCAGGAUGUGGAGCUCAUGUUUGUGCUUCCGUUCCGGGAGCUGAACCUGAUUAAAGAUGAUCAAUACAGUCUUCAUGGACUUCUGUGUGACUUCCAUCCUGAGCUCAAAGAUCUGGACGCAGAGAUUUAUCAUCAGAUCAAAGCUGUGUUUAUAUUUGAUGGUCUGGAUGAAAGCAGAAUUCCACUGAACUUUGACCAGUGUGAGAAAGUAUCUGACAUCACCAUGACAUCAUCAGUGGGUGUGUUGAUGACCAACCUCAUCAAAGGAGAGCUGCUUCCCUCUGCUCUGAUCUGGAUCACCUCCCGACCAGCAGCAGCCAAUCAGAUCCCUCCUAAAUACAUCAACCGUGUGACAGAAAUUCAGGGAUUCAGUGACCCACAGAAGGAGGAGUACUUCAGGAAGAGGAUCAGUGAUGAAGACCAAGCCCAGAGAAUCAUCUCCCACAUUAAGACAGUGAGGAGCCUCCACAUCAUGUGCCACAUUCCAGUCUUCUGCUGGAUCUCAGCCACUGUUCUUCAGAGAAUCAUGAAACAGCGUCAUACAGAAAUCCCUAAAACUCUGACUGAAAUGUACUCACACUUCCUGCUCACUCAGACCAACAUGAAGAACGAGAAGUAUGAGGAGGAAGACGAGAGAGACCCAAAGAACCUGCUGGAGGAGGAAUGUGUGCUUCACCAGAGGAAGGUCUACUGCUUUGUUCAUCUGAGCUUUCAGGAGUUCCUGGCUGCUGUUUAUGUGUUUCACUGCUAUGAGAACAAAAACAUGGAGGAACUGGAGAUACUUAACCCACAGUACAAUGAGUGGUCUGAGGAUGUUCCUCUGGAUGAGGUUCUGAUGGGAGCAGUGAAUAAAGCUGUAGAGAGUCAGAAUGGACACCUGGAUCUUUUCCUCCGUUUCCUGCUGGGCAUCUCACUGGAGUCCAAUCAGAGAUGCCUACAGGGUCUACUGACUCCAACACAGAGCAGCUCAGAGAGAACCAGAGAGCACAUCAAGAGCUUAAUCAAAGGAGAUAAUCAUCACAUCUCCACUGAGAGAUCCAUCAAUCUGUUCCUCUGUCUGUCUGAGAUGAAUGACCAGUCUCUCUCCAGAAAGAUUCAGGAGUAUCUAAACUCAGAGAGAAACUCAGAGGUGAAUCUCUCUCCUGGACAGUGUUCAGCACUAGCCUGCAUGCUCCUGAGCUCAGAGGAGGUUCUGGAUGAGCUGGACCUGAAGAAAUACAACACAUCAGAGGAGGGUUAUAGGAGACUGAUCCCAGCUCUGACUGUCUGCAGAAAAGCUCGAUUGUCUGGCUGUAUGAUUACAGAUGAAGGCUGUUCUUCUCUGGCUUCAGCUCUGAAGUCAAACCCCUCCCACCUGAGAGAACUGGAUCUGACUUAUAAUCACCCAGGAGAGUCUGGAGUGAAGCUGCUGUCUGAUGUACUGGAGGAUCCACACUUGUGUGUGUGUGUGUGUGUGUGUGCAGAUGCUGUUAAUCUCACUCUGGAUCCAAACACAGUGAACAGUCGUCUCUCUCUGUCUGAGAGGAACAGAAAGGUGAAGAAUGUGGGAAAAGAUCAAUCGUAUCCACGUCAUCCAGACAGGUUUGAUGGCUGUGCUCAGGUUCUGAGUGUGGAGAGUCUGACUGGACGCUGUUACUGGGAGGUUCAGUGGAGCGGAAGAGCUGAAAUAUCAGUAUCAUACAGAGGAAUCAGGAGGAAAGGAGGCAGUGGUCACUGUGGGUUUGGAUGGAAUAAUCAUUCCUGGAGUCUGAACUGCUCUAAUAACAGAUACUCUGUCUAUCACAAUAAACAGAGAACUGAUCUACCUGCCCCCCCCUCCCCCUCUAACAGAGUAGGAGUGUAUCUGGACUGGGGGUCCGGCACUCUGUCCUUCUACACCAUCUCCCCUAACACACACACACUGACCCACCUACACACAUUCACCACCACAUUCACUGAACCGCUCUACGCUGGAUUCUGGAUUUAUGAUGAAUCCUCAGUGAGUCUGUGUGAGAUAGAAUAACCUCUACAGAGAGAGAGAGAGAGAGAGAGAGAGAGAGAGAGAUACAGACAGAGAGAGACAGAGGGAGAACGGAGGUAAGGCGAGAGAGACAGAGUGAGAGAGACCAACAAGCUAGCUAGCUUGUUUUGCUAGCUUCGUAUCCCCAGAGCCUGUGUGUCUCCACAGCGGGCGGAACCUGUCAUAAAGUUUGCGAUAACAAAGCCCACCCAUUUAGAGGAACGAUAUGAUCAAUAUGGUCAAUUUUACUGUCAUUUGAAAUUGGUCUCUCAGUGAAUUACUGUUGCUUGGCCCUCUGCAAAUUUAUAGCUGAACCACCAAAUCACCAACAGUCUUUCCAGCAACAGCAGAUAUGGCAAAAUUCUGAUAGGGGGAGACAGAGGGGCUUCUCCAAUUUAACCCUUCACAGUCCAGUAGCUUAGAUUUGUAUUUGUUUAGAUGUUGAUUAAUAAAAUAUGAUCAGAUAAAACCAGAACUGCUCAAUUUUAAAAUAUUUUAGAAUAUUUUAAGCCCUCUCUGAGAGCGUAGAGGGCCCUGACGGUUCCCCUCUGGGAUCUCCACCCAACCUUUUUUAGAGUGCAAGGCUAUAAUCCUAAUGGUUCUAGUAGUAUAUAUCAUACACAUUCUGUCAAAUGAGUGAUUUAUGACCCAUGAUUUAUGACGCUUAAUUUAUAACCCCCUGUGAUUGACAGGUCAGUUUUGAUUGACAGGUCAGUUUUGAUUGACAAGUCAACAGAGUUUUUACGACACCCACACACCCCCACAAUUUAUGACACCUGAGUGUGUGUGUGUGUGUGUGUGUGGCUUACAUAUAGUAUUUAAGCAGUCACCCCACCGGUGGUUUUGUAUGUUUUUUUUUGUUGCAAAAUGUCUGUUGCUAGUGUACAUCAGACUUUUCUUAGAGAUUCUAUAGUUACACCAACUGUUAGUUCUAGUGGUAGUGAAACCAAUUUGGUUUUUGCAUUUGGUUGCAGGCCUCGCAAACACUUCAAGGGUGUUAAGAUUAAUCUAUUUGAUUCUCUGGCUUAUGAUGUAUGUGGGGAGGGUCAAACAGUAUCACCGCCUUCCCGCUGUGUUUAUUAAAAGGGAACCCCAGCCAUUCAAAGGGCAUACAAUGUCAAGAAAGGUCUACCACUUAAGCCGACAUGUUUUGAGGAUUUUCUUCCAGCAGACCAUUCCAACAGCCAUGGGCCUCUGUGGUAUAAAAAUUAUCAAGUGCCGGACUUUGAUUAUGCACUGCUCGACACGGGUUGUGGCGUUGUGAACUACAGCUAUGAUGAAUCGGCUGUGAUCAACACAGUGUCAGACAACAGUUGGCUGGAUCAAUACGGUGACAAUCUUGGAAGUAUGAAUAUGACAAACCUUUUGGAACCGUUGGAAGGGUUGGUGUCUAGACAUCAGACGUUGCCUGCAAGGUGAAACACUCGUAGAAGCUCCUGAAUGCAAAACUAUAUCUGAUCCAACCGAUGAUGGUCAAGUAUGCACUACAGCAUUAAAACUGAUAAAGUCUGCUGUGGUUGUAAUCCUACAACACAUCAUAAACAACAAACUGAAGGAAACAUGUCUCGCUUGUGAAGUGGAACACCCCAGUCAACUUCGACAUUCAUGCCUGUUUGCGCCAGAUAUCUUCUUUGAAAAAUACUAUAAAGAUGUAACAUGGACAUUGUUCACACCCGAGUUACAAGAUGCCAUAGUUGCGCUUCUAGUGUUUUGGAAUACAUCUGAAAAUUCUAAAAAUUCAAGGAUGUGCUGAAACAAUUGUCUGUGAAUUACAGUGUGAGCCAUACAUUGUGGAAAAGCUACAGGAAAUAAGAGAAAACCUGGUUGAUCAAACAUCCGAACAGUUUGUCGCUGACGCUGUUGACUGUUGGAAAACAGGUUCAAAGACUUGCAGUACUGUUUAAGGCAAUUGGGGAAUGUUUGUGGAUUCCAGCGUCUGGCGGACCAUGUGUUGAAACACCGUGUGAACUAUGAAUUGACAAAUUUGUUUUAUAAAUGUAUUGACGAUUGUGUGGAUGAUUUUAGCCUCUUUAAUAGCGUGCAUGAUGUUGAUGCUAAACGUUUUUACAAAAUUUCAAGAAUCAAAUGGAUAUUGCCAAAUCAGCAUCAGAUAAAUGGUGCCACUUGACACAGUUAUGAACCUAUGUGACUAUCAGUAAGAUUUUAUCUCUUAUGCCUAAGAGUAAUGAUACAGCAAAAAUCAGUCACGUACUUUGCCUAUGUACAUACAUAUUAGACGUUUGUGUGAUAAAACUUUCAGCAAAGAAACCAAUUAAUGUUUGUAAAGUGUAGAUGUGUGUUUGACAUUUCUAGAUUUCAUUGAUUCGUUGUGAGUUGUGAAUAAAACAGUAAAUCAAAUGAAAAUUGGGUAAUUAUUUUCA